AGCGGCCGCUCAACGCGGGGUGUCUCCGUGACGCCACCAAGAGGCGGGACCGCGGAGCUGCAGUGCGAGUCUCACACAGCUGGAAGGGAGCACCUGGCAUGCUGACCAGAUGACUGCAACGACCGACACGCAUCCUCGGGGAGCUAAUGUCCCUCCUCACUUCACAGUGGGCAGCAGUGUUCCAGUUGCAUGGGAAGGGCAUGGGAACCGUUCUCCUGUAAAGCGUGAGACGGCACGUGAGCUAUCUGGGAAGGAACCGAGACAGAGGACAGUUAUGGAGCCCGCCACGUGUGAGCAGUCCACCACAGUGGACGACUUGGUGGAGGCGUGCAUCCAAGCCUUUGAUGAGAAGGGGGCGUUGGUGGACCCUUCCCUGGUGCGCAUGUUCCUUAUGAUGCACCCUUGGUACAUCCCGUCGACUGACAUGGCUGCCAAGUUGGUGCACAAAUGUCAAGAGGAGGGCUGCACGGCGGAGCGUCGGAGCAGAAUAUGCCACCUUGUCCAGUAUUGGAUCUCAGAGUUUCCUGCCGAGUUCAACCUGAACCCGGAGCUGGCCGAGCAGAUGAAGGGCUUUAAGGACCUCCUUAGCACGGAGGGCAACGAGCGCCAGAGCCAGCUCAUUGACAUCGAGAGCGUGCCGUCCUACGAAUGGAAGCGUCAGGUGACUCAGCGUGUCCCGUCCGUCUCCAAAAAGAGAAAAAUGUCCUUGCUCUUCGACCACCUUGACUCCUGUGAACUGGCCGAGCACCUGACCUACUUGGAGUACAAAUCCUUCUGCAAGAUUUUGUUUCAGGAUUACCACAGCUUCGUGAUGCACGGCUGCACGGUGGACAACCCCGUGCUGGAGCGCUUCAUCACGCUCUUCAACAGCGUCUCCCAGUGGAUCCAGCUCAUGGUGCUCAGCAAGCCCACGGCGCCUCAGAGAGCCUUGGUCAUCUCGCACUUUAUCCGAGUCGCGCAGAAACUCCUGCAGCUGCAGAACUUCAACACGCUGAUGGCGGUGGUGGGCGGCCUCAGCAACAGCUCCAUCUCACGCCUCAAGGACACGCAGGCGCACAUCAGCGCCGAAACCAACAAGGUUUUCAACAGCCUCAUCGAGCUGGUGACGUCAUGCGGCAACUACAGCCAGUACCGCAAGCGCUUCUCCGAAAGCUCCGGCUUCCGAUUUCCCAUCCUGGGUGUGCACCUGAAGGAUCUGAUCGCCGUGCACGUGGCGCUGCCGGACUGGACCGACAAGGGGAAGACGCGGGUCAACCUGGCCAAAACCCAACAGCUCUACGUCAUCCUGCAGGUACUGGCGAUGAUACAGAACACGCCGCCCAACGUGGACGCCAACACGGAUCUGCUGAACCUGUUGACGGUAUCUCUGGACCAGUACCACACAGAGGAAGAGAUCUACCAGAUGUCUUUGCAGAGGGAACCUCGCAAGUCAGCGCAGAGCUCCAACCCCGCUCCAGCUCCCGACGCCAAGUCCGCCGUGAUCGAUGAGUGGGCGGUGUCGGUCAAGCCCAACGCUGACCCAACACUCAUCAAGAAGCACAUCGAGAAGAUGGUGGAGUCCGUCUUCAAGAACUUCGACACGGACGGCGACGGCCACAUAUCCAGGGAUGAGUUUGAGGCCAUCAGGAACAACUUUCCCUACCUCAGCAAGUUCGGAGAACUGGACAAGAAUCAGGACGGCAAAAUCAGCCGAGAGGAGAUGAUCGAGUACUUCACUCGGGCCAGCUCGCUCCUCAACUGCAAGAUGGGCUUCAUCCACACCUUUGCCGAGGCCACCUACGUCAAGCCCACCUUCUGCGAGCACUGCGCCGGCUUUAUAUGGGGCUUCUACAAGCAGGGCUACAAGUGUAAAGCCUGCGGGGUCAACUGCCACAAGGCCUGCCGCGGCCGGCUGGCCGUCGAGUGCCGGAAGAGAGCCAAGAGCAUCAGCCACGAGACGCCGCCUGCUCUCCAGGCCAGAUCCUACAGCUUCCCGCCACCUGUCAACCCUCCGGUGAACCUCCAGAACGCCGUAAUUGUGGAGGAGGAUUUAGAGGGAGUGGAAGAAGGCAUAUUUGAUGUUCACCUAUAACAGAGAGGCGCUUGCAGGCAGCGAGUGCCAUAUUGCGAACAUCUGGUAUGCCGUUUCCUGCGUGAAUAGCUUCGAAAGCUGCUGCUGCUGCUGCUGCCUUGAUGAAGAAUGUUUGUAAUGAGUAUUUCUGUUCAUGUAUCUUCCACUGCAACUGCUUCAAUCUAAUAAGAAGUCAAUUUUUUUUUGUUCCUCUCCUUGUCUGUGCAACAGUGCUUGUCCACUGCCUGUUAGGAAUAAAAAGGAAUGCUGAUGUCAAAAUGA